AUGGAGCUAUUUCGUGUUCCAGAUAAGAAGAAAAUGACGAGAAAUGCAGAAAGAGGUCUAAAUGUGAACGAAGAGUACUUUGGAGCAUUAAGAACAAAAUCUUAUGGUGAUUUCUUUACAAAAGCUCAAUUACUAGUAAAUGAACCAUCCUCUCCUAAUUCUCAAUUAUAUCACAAUACAUUCUCAGAAAUUCUCCUUGAGCCAGGCCAAGACAAAGUAACAUCCAUUCUUGAAUCAGCUAUUUUUCCAGCCAAAAAAUAUGAUCUCAAAUCCCUUCUUUCAAAUUACUUCAAUCUAAGUGCAGAAGCAUCAAAAUUCUGCAGCCACAUUCUGAAAAGCAUUAACCAAGUCCAAUCUGACUAUGGUUUUGUCGAACAAGUCCUUGACUCGAUCGAUAAUUGUUCCGAUAUUGACCAAUUUGGUUACCUAGUCCUCGAGCUUCGAUCUUUUAUCAUCCACAACAACCCCUUCUCCAACAUCAAAAAACAAGAUUUCACACGAAUUAACGAUGAAUAUUCGUCGGUGUUGCAACGUUUGAAGUACAAGAAGAAAAGGGUUGCUAGGAAAAUCAAAUUGAUUAAAUGUGUCAAUAAGACUUCCGGGGUAUGUGUAACAGCAGCUUGUGGACUAGUUGCUGUGGCAGCUUUAGUACUAGCAGCACAUACUCUUGCUGCAAUCGUCAUCGGGCCAGCGAUUUUAAGCGUACCUAUAAAGCCAUUAAGGAAAAAAAUUAUGAGUUUUCAAUUCUUGAAAUGUGGAUUUUUAACGAAAGUUGGAGAUCAACUUGAUGUUGCAGCAAAAGGUACGUAUAUUUUGAACAGGGAUUUUGACACGAUGAGUAGGCUCGUGGCCCGACUUCAUGAUGAAAUUGACCAUAACAAGGCAAUGAUUCAAUUGUGUUUGGAUAAAAGGGAAGAUAGGUUUUCAUUGGAAGUGUUGAAGGAGUUGAAGAAGAGUAACAUUGGGUUCAAGAAACAAGUUGAGGAGCUUGAAGAACAUGUUUAUUUAUGUCUUUUGACGAUUAAUCGUGCUAGAGCUUUGGUAAUUACGGAAAUUGCAAAAUCAUGUGGGAAUAAAAGUCAAGGUAGUAGCCAGUAA